AUGGCGGCUAUUUCAGCGGUUCUAUCUUUGAGAUUAGGAACACUUCGCCCUUCGCAUCCUUCCCUUUUCCGUUUCGAUUCGCUCCUGCACCAGACGUCUCUUCUCCGUUGCCAAAGUCGUCUCUGGAGAAAUACGAGACCUCCGCUUUAUAGGGCUCUUCAGGCUUGCCUUCGAUCCAAUAUUGCAAAUGAUGAUGCUUCGGUUUCACCACCACCGGAAGAACAGUCGGAGAUCGUAUUUAUGGGAACCGGAACGAGUGAAGGGAUUCCUCGUGUCAGCUGCCUCACUAAUCCUCUGAAAACAUGUUCGGUGUGCACAAAAGCAACAGAGCCCGGAAACAAAAACAUGAGACUUAACACAAGCAUUCUUGUUCGCUACGUGAAACCAUCCGGAACAAGUAACAUCCUUUUCGAUUGUGGCAAGUUCUUCUACCAUAGUGCCCUUCGAUGGUUUCCUACCUUUGGGCUAAGAACGCUUGAUGCUGUUGUAAUUACGCAUUCUCAUGCUGACGCAAUUGGAGGUCUUGAUGAUCUCCGUGAUUGGACAAACAAUGUCCAACCUCACAUUCCAAUCUACACUGCUAUGCGUGAUCUUGAGGUGAUGAAGAAGACUCAUUAUUACUUGGUUGACACGAGUGUGAUCAUACCCGGCGCUGCAGUCUCAGAGCUAGAGUUUAAAGUCAUUCACGAGGACCAGCCAUUUGUGGUAAACGAUCUCAAGAUCAUCCCAUUACCGGUGUGGCAUGGAAGUAACUACCGCUCCCUUGGUUUCCGGUUUGGUAACGUCUGCUACAUAAGCGAUGUCAGUGACAUACCUGAAGAAACAUACCCGCUCCUUAAAGACUGUGAUCUGCUAAUUAUGGAUGCUCUCAGGCCUGAUCGGUCUUCAGCAACACACUUUGGGCUCCCUAGGGCGUUAGAGGAAAUUCGGAAAAUCAAACCAAAAAGAACCCUUUUCACCGGAAUGAUGCAUUUGAUGGACCACGAGAAGGUGAGCGAAGAGCUGGAGAAACUGAUGGUCACAGAAGGCCUCGAUGUCCAAUUGAGCUACGAUGGUCUCCGUGUACCAAUCUCAAUUUAA